AGGAGCUGGGCAGUCUGCAAAGCAGGGCAAACAGCCAGAUGCUGCUUCUGGUGCCCACGGAGAAGACCAUGGCCUUGUCAACAGCUCGACUCCCCCCAAGGUCCUGCCGGUCCUUCACCCACAGCGGCCUUCUGCUGCUCCUCAGCUUGGGGUGGGUGCAGCUUCUGAGGACCCAGACAGUCAUGACACAGCAGACGGCUGUCCUCCUCAACCCAGUCUUGGCCAACAAGGGUGACCUUGCCAGCCUUGACUCCAGCUUCCUCCGUGACUUCACUUGUACGGAGGUGUCUGGCAUGAGCAUUGAGCGCGCUCAGGAGCUGGCCAUGGCCGUAAAGCAGGAGAAUGUCACGCUCCGUGUGGAUCAGCUGCACUGUCUGGCACUUCGCCUCUCCAAGCACCUUGUCCCCAAGAACCUGGACAUCUUUCCUCUGGAUAUGUUGCCCUUCUUCAACCCAGACUUGUUCACGGGGUCCCAGGCUUGUACCCAGUUCUUCUCUGGCAUCGCCAAGGCUAAUGUGGAUGUGCUCCCGAGGGGGGGUCCCGAGCGGCGGCACCUGCUGCUUGCAGCUCUGACCUGCCAGGGUGUGCAGGGGUCUCAGGUGAGUGAGGACAACGUGCAGGCCCUGGGAGGUCUAGCUUGCAACCUGCCUGGGCGCAUUGUCGUCAACUCUGCUUCAGUCGUCCUUCCCCGCCUGGCAGCCUGCCUGGGGCCCCUGGACCAGGACCAGCAGGAGGCGGCCAAGGCAGCUCUGCAGGGUGGAGGGCCCCCCUAUGGCCCCCCAUCGAGGUGGUCGGUCUCCACACUGGACUCCCUGCAGAGCCUGCUGGCUGUGCUAGACCAGUCCACCAUCCAUACCAUCCCCAAGGGGGUCACAGAUGCCUGGCUGCGUCGUAGCUCCCAGGAUCCAUCUGGACGAUGGCCUGAGCUGACCACCAUCCUCCUGAGGCUCAAGCGGAGCACAGAGGAGAAAGCCUGUCCUCCAGGGCGGAAGCCCCAGGUGGUAGAUGAAGACCUCUUCUUCUAUGAGGACUGGGAACUGGAGGCCUGUGUGGACGGUGUUCUGCUGGCCGCACAAAUGGAUCGGGUGAAUGCCAUUCCCUUUACCUACCAGCAGCUCAGCAUCUUGAAGCGAAAGCUGGAUGAGACCUACCCACAAGGCUACCCUGAGUCCCUGAUCCUGAGACUGGGCUACUUCUUCCACCUCAUGAGCCCUGAGGAUAUUCAGAAGUGGAAUGUGACCUCCUUGGACACCUUGAAAGCUCUGCUCAAAGUCAGCAAAAGGCCAAAUAUGGACACUAAGCUGGUCGCCCUGAUUGCCCACUACCUGAUGGGGAGUGGCCAGCUGGACAAAGACACUCUGGAUGCCCUGACUGGCUUUUAUCCCACCUACCUGUGCGCCCUCAGCCCCAAGCAACUGGGCUCCGUGCCUGCCAGUGUCCUGUGGGCGGCCAGGCCUCAGGACCUGGAGUCAUGCAGCUCAAAACAGCUGGGCGUCCUCUUUCCCAAGGCUCACUUGGCAUUCCAGAAUGUGAGCGGGCCAGAGUACUUUGGGAAGAUCUGGGCCUUCCUCGGUGGGGCCUCCACAGAGGACCUGCAGGCCCUCAGCCACCAGAAUGUAAGUCUGGACAUGGCCACAUUUAAGAAGCUACCAGUCAAGGCUGUGGAGCGGCUGACCGUGGCUGAGGUGCAACACCUUCUGGGACCGCACGUGGCAGGCCUGAAGGCAGAGGAGAGGAACAGCCCGGUGAAGGAAUGGAUCUUCCAGCAGCGGCAGGAGGACCUGGAUAUACUGGGGUUGGGGCUCCGCGGUGGUAUCCCCAACGGCUACUUGGUCCUGGAACUCAACUCCCGAGAAUCCUUCUCUGGAGGGACCUCCUUCCUUGCAUCUGGACUUGUGCUGGCACUGACCCCUGCUCUGCUAGUGGCUGGUACUCUGAGCUGAGGCUCCUACUCCCAACGCCUUGGCCGCUGCCCACCGUGGUGCUCCACCAGGUGGGUACAGGACCAGGGGGUCACUGUCUGGCCCAAGGGCAUUUGAGCUCAAUAAACAGUGGCCCAUCCCUCUGCAGACAAGACCUGUGCUGUUACCAG